AUGGAGGGGACCUCCUUCUACGACAUGGCAGAGCUCCUUCGCCAAGCAGCUCUCCAAGAAGCCGCGUCGCGCGCCAAAACACGUUCUCCGCUCAAUGCUCUCACCGAUUCCACAACCACCACAGCUGGAUCCUCAUCAAAGAUCUCAGAAGCAGCAGAAGGCGAAGCAGACGAGCUUCUUGCCGUAUACGAAGACGAGAAGGCCAAAAACGAUGUUUUGGCCAAAACGGUUGAUAAGAGAUUGGAAGCGCUAGCAAACGUAAAGGGAAGCAAAGCGCAGGACGCAAGGAACGACGAGCAACAGCGACUAGAGCUCGAGUGGCAGCAGCUCGAAUUCGCGAUCCAGGCGCUCGAGGACGAAAAGCGACGCGCGCCGCCACUCGAGUCGUCGGCAGUGCUCGACGUGCGCACACGCGCUGAGCUGUACGAUGUCAACCUGCAGUACGCCUCUGCGCUCGAGACGCUCAAGGCCGAGCUGGCGUCGGAACGCGAUGCGCUGCUCCGCGAGAAGCAGCUGCAGUCAGAUCUCGAGAUUGUGACGACAGGAUUGACAAAGCGCUUGGCGCAGCUGCAGAGGAAGCGUCGACAGGACUUGACCAGCGAAUCGGCGAUAAGGGAGCUCAACCGCAAAUUCAAACGCGAGGAACAACGCUUCAAAGAGCUGCUCGCCCAACUCAUCGAGAUGGGCAAUGCGUUAUUUGGCGCUGACAACCGCAAGGUGGUCACGCUGCGUCAUUAUCUGGACGAGUUCAUGAACCAGGCGUGGGACAAGCCGCUGGAUCCAUGGGUCAGUUCAACACGCCUGGCGCUGCGCAGGACGGGCGGUGAAGUGGACGAUGCCAUGAUCGAGCUCUUCAUCCGAGCCAACAUCAUCGUUGCGCAUCCCAAGGACAGUAGGCGUUGGAGGCUUGUUGCUUUUCACAAGGCCACGAGGACUUCGUCGUAG